UCCUUUGGAUGAAAAUAUAAGAAAAAAGUCAUCAUCAGCAACCUCCAAUAGUUCUGCCAGACGUCAUUUUUCAAACGGACCGGCAGCCGCAGGUUACUACAACUAUGCCACACAUCAAAUUUAAACCCAAAACGUAAAUAUUUCAAAAAACGAAAAAUUAAAAAAAAAGGAAAAUCAGGGGGAGAUCUGCCAGGAUUCCAAUUUUAAACUCGCACACAGCUUCCUCCUCCUUCCUCUCCCCCCGAUCUGAUCGGACCUCGCCUCUGCUCUGUUAGUCCGUACGAUUCUACGUUCUAGGGUUUCCGUCAUUUCCAUAAUUCGUGAAAUUUGAUUCCAAUUUGGCUUACAAUUGGAAACAUUAUAACCUUUCCCUUUCUUCGAUUCCAAACUAUUGGGUUUCUCUUUGGGAUUUUUGAUCUCCAUGGUGAUUCUUUUCUUCUGGUAGAUGGUUUAAUUGGAUGAGAAUCGAGGGCGUUAUUUUUGGGGACUUGGAGGGUUAAAUGGCGUCAGCUCAGGUGUUGCCAGGCUCACGGAAACAGGAGCAUCUUGAAGCUGGAAAGCGACGGCUGGAAGAGUUCCGUAAGAAAAAGGCAGCAGACCGAGCUAGAAAAGCUGCAACCAUCAUUCAACCUUUUGCUUCUGAUGUUAACGUAGAUCAGAAACAACCUUUAGAGGCUGAAUGUGCAAGGCUUACGGAUUCUGAUGGAGCUGGUGCAUCUGAUGGACCUGGCAGAACUAUUGAACCAUACAAUGGAAUUAUCAAUAAUGACAGCAACAUAAUUAAUAUUACCACAAAACCUAAGCAAAUCUUUUCAGAAGAUGCAAAUGCUAAUCCUCAAUCAAAAAGUGAUUCCAACACAUCUUUGGCAGAUCUAGUGCAGAGACACACAAAUAAUCAUGGUUUUAAGACAUAUGAUGCUUCUGGAUUUGCUGGAGCAGGUGGUAAUAAUGGCCUAGGGAUGGAUGGAAUGAAUAGUGACUCCAAAACUCAUGUUGUGAGCCAAGGCAGAGUGCCAUAUGGGAAAUUGUCAGACCAUUCUAUUGCUCCGCAUUCACAAGAGGGUCAAGGUUUGGAGAGCAGUUCUAAUCAAUCUAUUCUGUUCCAAUCAGCAGAAAAGAAUAGUUUUUUGAAGACUUAUGCAUCUACCUCAGCUCAAAAUUCUGCCUCUCAACUGAAAAUUAAGAGCAGUUAUUCCAGCACACUGGACACAGCCACUGGUGUGGACUUAACUCAACCUAGUAACAACUUGAGAGGGUCCAGUCUUGAUAUUGAGAAAGACAUAUAUGGUGGCAUGCACUUCAAUGGCUCCAUGAAUUCAGAUUUUGGAGAAAGAAAUUUUAGUAGCUUAUCUGGUAGUUUUCCCACUCUGCAUGGUAGAGAUGUGCAAACAUCCGAGUCAAUUGGUUUCAAUUCAGAUAUCAGGAGCACCACAAAUCAUGUUCAACUAUUUUCAGGAACAUCUGAAUCUAAUUCUAGGAGAUCUCGUCCAUCCUUCCUUGAUUCACUUAAUGUUGCUAGAGCUCCUUCAAAGAAUUCUUUCCAAAGUGCUGAACCUCAGGAGUUCUUUAUGCCUAGUGACUUAACAUCAGAUGGCAUGGAUGAUCUGGGAUCAUCUGCCUUCCAGAAGUCAUCAUUGGAGACUGAUACGGUGGGACAGCAUUUGAUGGAAUUUUCCAUGCCCUCCAGUAAUGGGUUUGAUCUAAUGACAUCGGAUGUUAAUGAGAACAGCAUGGAGAGAAAGCAUGAGUUAUAUUCAUCUAAAAAAAAUGAAGAUUUUGCUGCUUUAGAACAGCAUAUUGAAGACUUGACACAAGAAAAAUUCUCUUUGCAUCGAGCUCUUGAAGCUUCUCGUGCUUUGGCAGAAUCCUUGGCUUCUGAAAACUCGUCGUUGACAGAUAAUUAUAACCAACAGAGAAGUGUGGUCAACCAGCUAAAAUCCGACAUGGAGAAAUUGCAGGAGGAAAUCAAAGCUCAUUUGGUGGAACUUGACUCUGUCAAAAUGGAAUAUGCAAAUGCAAAACUUGAGUGUAACGCUGCUGAUGAACGUGGAAAGAUUUUGGCUUCUGAGGUCAUUGGUUUGGAAGAGAAGGCACUCAGACUAAGGUCUGAUGAACUAAAGCUGGAGAGGCAAUUGGAGUCCUCACAUGCUGAAAUUGCUUCAUACAAGAAGAAAAUGUCCAGCCUAGAGAAAGAUCGUCAGGACUUACAAUCAACUAUUGAUAAUCUCCAAGAAGAGAAGAAACUAUUGCAAUCCAAGUUGCGGAAAGCUUCAACAAGCAGAAAGUCUAUUGAUUUUGACAAGAGUUCCAGUAAUAAAAAGGAUAUGUCAACGUCUACAGAAGAUUUAGAAGCCAUCCCUUGCACAUCCAACCAGGAAACAAAUGAUGCUACUUCACUUGUUGGAAGUAAUACCCCUAGUUUUCUCAUGCUACCUGAAAUUGGCCCGUCAAAUGUUGAAGCUUUAUCUGUGUAUAUUCCGUCAGAUCAGAUGAGAAUGAUUGAAAACAUCAAUAUACUAGUUUCUGAGUUAACGCUGGAAAAGGAAGAGUUGGUACAAGCUUUUUCAUUUGAGUUAUCUCAAUGUUCUAGGCUUAAGGAUUUAAAUAACGAGUUGUCACGAAAGCUUGAGGUUCAGACUCAAAGAUUGGAGCUUUUGACUGCUCAAAGUUUGGUGAUUGAGAAAGCCCCAUCAAGGUUACGUGAUUCUAGUUUCACACGGGAGAAUACCACAUAUGCAGAUGAGGGAGAUGAGGUGGUUGAAAGGGUUUUGGGGUGGAUAAUGAAGCUCUUCCCUGGAGGGCCAUUAAGACGUAGAACCAGCAAACUUACUUGAUAUGCUAAUCUGAAUUACUCUUCAAGAGGAGAUGCUCAGUUCUGGUUAUAUUUCCUUGCGGGGCUUCCUUCUUCCCUUGGGUUUGGGAAUUCAACAGAGGUAGUAAUCUGUAUAUUUCGAUUUAAUUUUACACCAUUCUUUUGUAACAGAUGAAAAAAUAGUGUUUCUAAGAGGCCUUCCCAUUUGUUGGAAACUCCAGUUGUCUUUUUUUUUGUUAGAUGACAAUAAGACAGUCCCUUGUUGCUGCAAGUGCCUUUAUGUUGGACAAACAAAUUCAGUGGAUUUGUUUGGCUAUGGAAGGGAUUGAUAUACAAAUUUAGUGGCUUUGCUGUUAUUAUUA